ACGAAGAGAAAUGAACUAUUUACGUGGUUUUAAGUCUGUUUUAGGCAGUCCUUCGGCUGAAAAUCAGCCUUCACCUCACGAUACGGUCGAAAGGCUAUGUGAUCGUGUCGACUCGUCAACAUUACUKGAGGAUCGGCGAGAUGCUGUUAGAGCAUUGAAAUCACUAUCAAAGAAAUUCAAGGUUGAGGUYGGCACACAAGCUAUGCAGCUUUUGAUUAAAGUGUUGCAGACUGACAGGAGUGAUACCGAAAUAGUUGGGAUGGCACUAGAAACGUUAUGCAAUGUCAUGUCAACAGAACCUCAAAUACAAGAUGAACAAACAACAUUAAAGAAUGGAACAGCACAGUCAGACUCAGAUGUUGGGUUGCAGUUUACAGAAAUUUUUAUCAAAAAUUCRGAUAAUGUUACUUUGUUACUGGGAAUGUUAGAGGAAUAUGAGUUCCAUGUUCGAUGGCCUACAGUUAAACUUUUGACAAUGCUUCUCACAAACAAACCUAAUUUACUACAACAGUGUAUACUUGUCAGUCCAAUGGGUGUGUCUAGAUUAAUGGAUCUUCUAUCAGACAGUAGAGAAAUCAUAAGAAAUGAGGGUCUUCUUUUAUUAAUUCAACUCACAAAAUCCAAUGCAGCCAUUCAGAAAAUYGUUGCCUUUGAGAAUGCAUUUGACAGACUGUUUGAAAUAAUUGCCGAGGAGGGAUAUAGUGAUGGCGGNAUUGUUGUAGAAGAUUGUCUACAUUUGAUGGUCAACUUAUUAAGAAACAAUGUUUCCAAUCARAAUUUCUUUAGAGAAGGAAGUUUCAUUCAAAGGUUUACUCCUUUCUUUGAGAUGUCUGCUUUAGCAAUGCAAGGGGAAAAUGAGACUGGUUGGUUAGAACAAAAGGUCUCCAAUGUACAACUUAUGCUUAAGGUCGUUAGAAUUCUUGUCUCUCCCGACAAUCCACAGCAAGCAACUACYGCUGCACAGAAAAUGAUGAACCAGUCAGGUCUAUUAAAGCUUCUUUGUGAUAUUCUCAUGGCCAGUGGUAUUCCAGCAGAUAUUUUAACAGAGGCUAUUAAUACUGUUUCUGAAGUUAUUAGAGGAUUCCCUGCAAACCAGGACUAUUUUUCACAAGUUAAUGCUCCAUCAGAGCCACCAAGACCAGCUAUAGUCGUGUUGUUGAUGUCCAUGAUCAAUGACAAGCAGCCGUUCAGCUUGAGAUGUGCCGUACUCUACUGUUUUCAAUGUUAUUUGUAUAAAAAUGAACAAGGUCAAGGUCAGAUAGUAUCAACAUUAUUGCCYUCCUCCUCUGAUGUUGCCUCAAGUGUAUCUGCUGGGCAGCUUUUGUGUGCUGGGAUAUUUAGUACUGAUCCAUUAGCUAACUGGUGUGCAGCUGUGGCUUUAUCACAUUGUUUGAAAGGAAAUCCAACUCAGAAGGAACAACUUUUAAGAGUACAGCUUGCAACUAGUAUAGGAAAUCCUCCAGUUUCACUGUUACAGCAGUGCACAAACAUCUUAGCCCAGGGAGGAGAUGUUCAAACUCGYGUUGGUCUWCUAAUGUUGUUGUGCUCUUGGYUGUCAAACUGUCCAAUUGCKGUGGCACACUUUCUUCAUAAUGCUGCAAAUAUACCUUAUCUUAUGGCCCAAGUUGGUGUUGACGCCCAUGGKGAAGAAGGAGAAAGGCUAGUGGGCUACCUGUGUGCUCUUCUACUUGGACUCUGCUUGGCUUUUAAUGAUAAUUCUGUCGARMAAUUCAAAAAAGAUGAUCUUAGAUUACUUAUCAACAAGCGUAUUGGUCUGGAUAACCUUCUUGAGAAGAUAGGCUACAUAUCGAAAUCAGAGUACUUUACUUCUGCCGUCAAAUCACCCGAGAUAAAGGAUGAUGGUACGAAUCAAGUGCUUAUUGACCAUGAGUUCACUAAACUCUUCAAGAAAUUUGAUGCUGCUGUAACUAAGACAGUCGAAGAAACAACAGAAGCUCCUCCGCCAACCAAUCACAGCAAUGGUAGCAUCGAGAACCAUGAUUCUAUAGUAGCGUCUUACAAAGAACUCAUACGGGAACAGGAUGAAGAACUCUGUCGAUUGAGGUCACGAUAUGCUGACAUGGAAUCAUCUUAUAAUCAGGCAUGUGCGCAAGUAGAACACCAAUCACAAGAAAUCCAGCAGCUUAGAAAUCAACUCUCUUUUGCACAGUCUUAUCAUAAUUCACACCAGGCAGAAUUGAAUGGUAGUUAUCUCCCUGAUGAAAGCUCUCAACUACAAUCGCUACGAAACCAAAUGAACGAAUURCAGAUUCACCAAACCGACCUUGAGAAAAGACUGCAGGAAAAACACGAAAAAUGCCAACAACUUGAGAAAGAUCUUGAAGUAGCAAAUGCACAGUAUGCUGUGGCCGCCGCUGCAGCCGAACUGGCGGAACCUUGUGACUCCCUGAACUCAAGUCUUAAUAAAGAUCAACUUGAAGAUUUACUCGGGCUUCGUAAGAAUGUGAGCACUUUAGAACAUGAAGUGUUGACAUUGAAAGACCAGAAUUCCAAAUUACAAGACGAAUUAAAUCAGUCGAAGAGCAAGAACAUCAAAGCCAAGGAGAAAAGUACUUUACAGAAGAGACCACUCCUCAAGAGGAAUCCAGGGAUUUUCAGGAACAUACAGGAGAAAUUGYUCCGAGCGAAGAAACUGUAUCGCAAGUGCCCCAUGUGGGAGAAGAACCCGAAGAAACUUAUGCACAUCUUGACACUGAAGCGCAGSCGCAGUACGAGCAACAACCCUCGUACCCAGAGCCCGCGCAAGAACAGAACAAUGASCAAGAGGAGCCAGCUGYUUACUAUUCAAAUGACGCACAAGGACAAAYAAAUCCAUAUUACACGUCUGAAAACCAACAACAAAUGAAUUACUAUUACAAUCAGGAUGCAGCUAAUUUCUUCAACACAMCUGGAAAUUUCGAWAGYAGCCCGAGUUAYAAUCCCUAUGCAAUGCARCAAGGAGCACAUGCACAGCCUGGUCAUUACUACCCAGGMCACGACGGUGAUGUAAACUCUUACUCGACCCAACAGCAYAGCGGAGGCUAUUUUAAUUGGGACGUCAGUCAAUAUCAAGGACAGACAGACAGUCGUCUCAARCAAGAUGCUGGUUUGACGCUUGACUUUAGUGRAGGAAAUUAAUUUUAACUUAAUAUUUGUAUAGAUUAUAAAAUAAGAGAAAUAAUAGAGUAUAUGUCGAGGGGCGUUGGUCAGUUUGGCAAACCGUUAAAAUCGUUUWUAGUACAGAUAGCUGCACUCUUWUCACAYGUUCUGUUAAAAGUAAGCUUUCUUUCUAAAAGAAUACAGCGAAAACCGCCUUAGUGAUUAUUGGAAACUUUUUCAAGCUUUGACAGSUUAKUUUUCAAAGUUUGAACUUGUCGUUGCCAAUCUGUAUUUUUACCAAGAGGAGCUUACACUUGUACAUACCUUGUACACAAGUUUCUUUGAACACCUCAUAAAUUUAUAUAUAUACGUAAUUACAAAAACGUUACYCUGAGAUUCAGUGAUUUAGGAAGAYAUUAAAAGACAAAAGACGACCACUGAAGCUGAACACUUUUUUCUGCUUUUUAAUUAAUUGCUUAAAAAAAGUUUCUUUUUCUUGGACAACGUUUUUGUGAUAGGUGUAUGUCUUGUUUAGCAAAAAAAGAAGAAGAAAAGAAAAAAUCGUUCACACUUACACACAAAUGAAAUAAAAAAAGACUAAAAAAUAUCCUGAUAAAUGUAMCCGUUUUCUGAGAGGCAGACAUACUUUUCCUUGGUUUAGGUAGCCUACCUAGUAAAGUGUUCGUAUCGGUGUAGUAGCGAAAUUCGACCCACUGCCCCUGAACAGAUUCCACAAUGAAUUAUAUAUAUAUUUUAUUCAAAAUGAUAAAUAAAAUCUCCUUUGAAUGUAC